CCUUGUGUCAAGAGCUAAGCUUUUUAGCUGGACAGAGAACCCGACCGUGGCAGUAACUUUUCUACGGAACAUCUGAAGAAUACUCCUAAACCUUGUAUUUCUGAAGGAUUCUGCUUCUCAAGACGUAAACGUCAAAGUUUACCCAUUCUGGACUUGCAAAUAUACUUGUUGUUUAUUUAUUUAGCUAUUAAAUCAUUAGCUAACUAGGCAAAAUCUACGUUCUCUCUCAACUGGACACAUCAAGGAUAAUAUCGGUUGCAAUGCAAGACGUUUAAUUUCAGAAACUACUCAAGCACAGGAUAUCUCUGGUGAUUUUCUAUUUCACUUAUGCAUUUUGCACAUCAUUAACUAAAUAGUAUUUUUAUGAAAUUCUUCGGACAUCGCUUCCACGUCGUAUCGUAAACUCCAACUCCUUUCAUUCACUGUCGUGAAUACAGUUUUCUGGGAUAUUUUAGUUUUGCUAGUAGCUACGUAUUUGAAUUUGAACACAGUCGUUAUUUAAAUUUACUAAAAUGAUGCGGCUGCCCAAAGGCGUUUCUCCUGCGUCUGGCCGAGGUGCUGUAGGAGGAGGAUUGUCGUGUUCACAGAAUAAAGUUUUGUCUGGAGUGAAGACAGAAUUCUUCAGCACCGGGUUAUGCAGUUCACCGAUGAACUCGGUACCGGCAGGAUACUUCACCCAAAUCUGCAACACGACAGCGGCCGAACAAAGGGUGAACUGCCUCUAUGCAACUCCCCAUGGACCUGAAGCUAAACCCAUCAGAUCAUCCUCCGGCAGACUCCCGGCCAAGAGGAAGCUAGACCUGGAGGACCCUCUCUACCUCCCAGACUUCAGGACCCCCAAAGGAAAGGGGGGUGUGGCCACAGCCAGAAUCUCUAGUCCCAAAACGCCCAAGUCCCCCGGUGAGCGGACGCGCUACGACACCUCCCUGGGUCUGCUGACCAAGAAGUUUGUUGGCCUGCUGAGCGAGUCACCUGACGGCGUGCUGGACCUCAACUGGGCCACCGAGGUCCUCGAGGUGCAGAAGAGACGCAUCUAUGACAUCACCAACGUGCUAGAGGGCGUGCAGCUGAUCCGCAAGAAGUCCAAGAACAACAUCCAGUGGAUGGUGGGUGGCGUGUUCGAGGGCUCGGCCAGCAGCGGCGAGAAGUCUCGCGCCCUGAGGAAGGAGCUGGGAGAGCUGGAGAGGGCCGAGAAGGCCCUGGAAGACCUGAUCACGUCCAGCAGCACCCAGCUCAAGGAGUUGACCGAACACGGGGACAACCAGGGACAACUAGGUUACGUCACCUACCAGGACAUCAGGUCUAUAGCCAGCCUGCAGGACCAGACGGUCAUCGCCGUCAAGGCCCCGUCAGAAACCAAGCUGGAGGUGCCUGAGUCCUCGGAGGGCUCCCAACAGAUCUACCUGAAAAGUAAGAACGGGCCCAUUGAGGUGUACCUCUGUCCCGAGGAGGGCCUGGAGGAUGCCAGCCCCGUCAAGAACACCACCACCCCCAGGAAAGACGACCCUCAUCACCCCCUGGGUCACAUUGCCUCCCUCUCCAUGGCACCACCACCGUACACCACUAUCAAACAGGAGCCCCAAUACACUGACGUCGAGCAGGAGCCCAUGGAAGCUGAACUCUCCAGACCUGCACCAGUAUCCCUCCCCAACACCACCAACCCCACCACCCUCCUGGAUGUAGAGGGCCUCCUGGGCCUGCCCCCCAGCUUGCUCCAGAUGACCGAGGACCAGCUCCCGGGCCCCGGGUUCACCCCCGACCCCAACGCCCCCUUCGUCAGCUUCUCGCCGCACCUCGACCACGACGACUACCUCUGGGGGCUGGAGGAUGGCGAGGGCGUAUCCGACUUCUUCGACACCUACGACCUGGGAGACCUGCUCCAUAGCUGAGGGAGGGAGAGGGCGGAUUAUAGCCGAGUUACGACCAUGUUGCUUGACCUUAAGCAACUCUGAGCCCUAGUUAUAAUAGCUAGGGCUCAGAAUAAAUGUAAUAUAGGCUAUAACUGGUCAAGGGGAAAACUCCUGUCCCUAUUCAUGAAGGAGUAGUGUCCUCUGUAGAGGUAUGGGGUGAAGGGGAAAUGUUACACUAUGAAGCCAUCAACCUUUGCUUUAGCCAUGUCUGUUCCGCGUUAAUGAUUUGUCUAAAACGGGCCCCUUGCGUCUGUUCAUUUGUAUAUACAUGUGUAUAGUUUGAGUUUGGAUUUAGGUCAGUGCCUGGAUUGACACCGGUCUGUGUGUUUUGUGUGCACUGUGUGUGUCCAGCUUAUGAAGCUCAGCGUUGUGGUUUGUGUAUUGGUAUAGUGGACAGUUUGUUGUCCGUCUCGUUUCUAUUGUGUGCUGUGUGAAAAUGCUAUGUGCUGUUUGAAAAUAUAGACACAGCACUUUUUUUAAAAAUGCAUAUCUGAUGACCAGCAAAAAAAAUCAACUCGGGCAUUUUGGGUUGGGGGUGUUAUUAAUAACUCUCAGGAUUUCUUUGCGACUUCAAAAGUCAAAAUGUUUAUAGUGCGCAUAUUUGGCCAGUAAGGGGCAGCAUUGUAUUAUGUCAGCUGUAACUUGCCAGCUUCAGAAGGUUGAAUCACUCACUGUGUUUUUAAAAACCGAAGUGAAACGGAGGUACUACUGAACGUCGCCAAUAAAGAACACCGAUUUCAUUUGUCCGCUGCAAAACGUAUUCAAAUAUUGUGCCCUACUGAUCACGACCCAGGUACCAAACAUGGAGUCUGUGGCGCUAACUUAACGUGCCGUUUCAACGAGGUGUUAGGAGUAUGGUUAGUGUAGUUGUUGGGUAUUCAAGACAUCUGUUUUAUAUUGGGGACCUGACCUGGUCACUACAUCUAGCCUCAAGCUUUAUGGAAGGUCAGGUGGUGAAGUAUUCUGUCACCCAUGCCAGAAUGUGUCCACAUCUAAUCAUAGAGCACAGGUGUCAAACUCAUUCCCUGGCAAAUCUGCAGGUUUUUGCUCCUCCCUUGUACUUGAUUGAUGAGUUAAGGUCAUUAGUUAGGAACUCUCCUCACCUGGUUGUCUAGGUCUUAAUUGUACACAAAUUGAAAGGCAACAACUCAAACCAACAGACACUCGGCCCUCCAUGAAACGAGUUUGACACCCCUGUCAUAGAGGUUAGUUCGAAGCGGUUCUGGACCCAUAGCCAAAAGUCAGAAGUUGCAUCCCAAAUUGUGCCCUAUACAGCGCACUGCUUUUGACCAGAGGUCAUAGGGGAUAGUGUGCGAUUUUGGGACGUGGUCAAGUGUAUUUUUUUGGGGGGGGUGACCUGAUAUUAUCGAUCGACAUAGACUAGGGAUCACUAUGUGACUGGCUAGAGUAUCACGCUUUGCUCUUGUGAAUCGGCAGCUAGGUUUCACAUCGGGAAGCUUCUCUAUCAAGGUGCAUUUGAUAGUGUUUCUGUAGUAUCUAGAAUUCAUAGUAACAACCAACCUUAUUUCCAAGGAAAUAAUCUAGUAAGGAUGAUAAUACGCCACAACAUCUGGGUGUAUUGACUUAGGCAGUAAUUAAAAUGAACGAGAGGGCAAUUUUAAUUUCCCACUUCUUUUGAAACUAGAUGAAGUCUUUGAUUUAAAUGGUGGUUUGUGUGUUGAAACGCUCGCCAUGCACCCAUAAUAGGGAACAAAGAGCACUUUGUCUUUUCCUGUUUUUAUAUAUAUAUAUUUUUUUAAUGAAGGCUCGGCCCCAUGUGUGUGUGUGUGGUACUUUAAACCUGGGAGAAAGAGCCGAAAUUACACGCCAUGGUCAAAUUUCUCCCUGGGCUGUGUUCGCAUCGAACUGAACAAAAAACAUCUCAAGAUGUUUUUUUGAGCAUGAAUUCCGUGUUGGUGCAUUUUCUGCCUCUUCCCCAAUGCGGGUUAAGUCAAUUGUCCUGUCCUAACAAACUUGAAUAUUUUGUGUGCGUGUGGUUUGUGUGUGUGUGGAAGGUUGGGAAAUGGGUGGGUUUUUUUUAAGUUGUAGCUUUGUAGACAAUUUAUUUUAAAUGUUUUGUUGUGCAUAAUUUGUUGUGCAUAAACUGUACAGAAUUGAAUGUAUUUAUAAUUCCUGAAAUCAUUUGUUUUUAAUACUGACCAUUGUAAAAGAGCAAACGUCUCUGUUUGACAUGCGGCACUUAAUAUUUUGUAUUAUUGUGGUUGGUUUGAAAAAUAGUAAAGUAUUAAAGCCAUGGUGUAAACUUGCGA